AUGGUUCUGGCUUCCCCCUUUCUGUACGCCUCCAUCAGUCUGGGCGUGUUGUCGCUGAACUACCUGCUAAAGUGGUGGAUCAUCGGCAAGUACCUUGGUCAUGAGCAGUACGAGGAGGGCGACUACACCUUCUUUAGCAAGUACCACCUAAGCUGGACUGUAAUGAUGAUACUCUCUGGAGUGAUGGAAGAUGCAGUAGAUGCCCUUCAGGGCACUGAGUUUCUGGCGUGGUACUAUAGACUGAUGGGUGCAAAGGUGGGUCAGAACUGCUGCUUGUUCGGCCUUGCCUUGGAAUACGACCUGCUGUCCAUGGGUGAUGGAUGCUGUGUGGGAUGGGAGUGUGAUACGACGUGCCACACUGUGGAGAACAUGGUGAUCAAGCUGGCGCCUACUGUGCUUGAAUCGUAUACCUCCAUGCUCCCGCACUCCAUGGUGUCGCCCGGCGCCACGCUUCAUGAGGGAGCAGUGGUCUUGGAGAACAGCCAAGUCCUAAAGGGCGAGCAGGUCCCUGCAGAUGAGCUAUGGGCGGGACUGCCCGCGUCAUCCUGCGGACUUGUUGGCGUGGUGCCAAAAGCAGAUGACAAGCUGCUCGAGGCCGUGCAGGAAGAGGUUUCUGUUGAAGCUGCAGAGGCCGCUGCUCUAGGUGAAGAGGCAGAUGUACAGGUUGAAGCCACGCCGGAGGGCCUGGAAGCCCUGACAGAGGGUGCUGUGGUUUCCAUCAGUGGCCACAAGCUCUUUGUCGAGCAGAUGCAGACUGGAGAAGUGUUAUUCUUUGUGCUUGCGGAAGAGGAGAGGUCAUUCCUGGGGCAUUUGCGCAUUCAUCAGCGGGGUCAUGUGGACUUCGCCGGCGCGCGAGGGCCCUGGGCACGUUUCCGCGCAGCUCAGGGGUCCGGUGACAAAACUGUUUGCCUCCAAGGCGUCGGAAGUGGCUUGUAUCUACGCUUCGACGAAGCCUCAAAUACCUUCUGUGGGGAUGCCCGGCCCAGCGAUCUGGCGGUGUGCCAGAUUUCCCCAGCCGGGACCAUCAAACUCCCCAAGGAGGUCCAGCAGCAGCGCAGGCGUCAAGAGGCCAACCUCCUCAUGCAGGAGAAGAGGCGCAAGGCAGCCUACGCGCUGCAAGCAUCUUCCACCCUGCAAGAGAAGCCGUGGCGACCAGGAAAAGGUGGCGGACGUGGACAGCAAUGGAGGCCGAAGUAG